AUGGCGGCCAUUCUGGCCCACCCGGGAAUCGGCGACGGCCGACCGUCAGACGCGUGGGCGGAGCUCACCACCCUCAACGAGGGCGACACCAUGAUGCUCCGGUGGCUCUUCCUGAAGCAGCUACCGGCAAACGUGCGGACGACGAUCGCACCGGACGCCGAAACGCUGUCCACGAUGGAGUUCGGCGACAGGGCGGACGCCUGCUACCGAGCGUACGCCGGCGACUCCUCCCCCGAGCCGUACGACGUCUCGGCCUGCUUCUCCGGAUCCCCCAGGAACCCGCCGAGACCGCGGACGAAGACCCAGCACAAGCGCCGCAAGAACAGCCUGGGCCACUGUUUCAUCCACGAUCGACACGG